AUGGCGGACUCAGUAGCAGAGACGCGACCUGCCGAGGAGACCGUGGAAGCAUCCGAGGUCGUCGCCGAGGCCGUAACCGACACCGUCGCCGAGCCUGUCGUCGAGACCAAGACCGAGACCGAGACCCAGACGAUCGGUGAGCCCAGCGGCAAGUCGUUGCUGGAAGAGCCUGCCGCCGCCGACAGCGGAUUCGCCACACCCAUCUCGCGCGACGAGGACCCCAAUUCCAAAAAGGUCACCCUCGCCGACCUGAGCGCCAAGGGCACCGCCCUCUACGCCCACCGGAGCUACGAGGAGGCGACCGAAAUCUUCUCUAGGGCCAGCAUCUUGCAGGCCGAGAUCAACGGCGAGACGGCCCCCGAAAACGCCGAGAUCCUCUUCCACUACGGUCGCAGCCUCUUCAAGGUCGGCCAGAGCAAGAGUGACGUCCUCGGCGGUCCCGCCGUCGCCGACAAGGGUGCUGCCGCCAAGGGUGCGAGCCAGAACAUCAUCAAGGACGCCAUCGAGGGUGCCGGGAGGAGCCUGGACGAGGGAGACGAGCCCGCCGGAGGCCCGGCCCCCCCAGCCGAGACGGUGCCGGAGGACGAGGCCGGUGCCGGAAAGAAGGCCGAGGCCAAGGAGGGCGCUGUCGAUGCGAAGAAGCCUCUCUUCCAAUUCUCCGGUGACGAGAACUUUGACGAACCCGACGAUGACGACGACGACGCGCCCGAGGGGCAGGAGGAGGAUGACGACGAUCUGGCGACGGCGUUUGAGAUCCUCGACCUCGCUCGCGUCUGCUACCUCAAGCAGCUUGAGAAGCUGACGCCCGAGCAAGGGACAGCCGAGGAUGACGCCGCCCCCGACCCCGAACCGUCCUCGGUCCGACACAUCAAGGAGCGUCUCGCCGACACCCACGACUGCCUCGCCGAAAUCUCGCUCGAGAAUGAGCGCUACCCGGCCGCGAUAGAAGACGGUCGCGUCUCGCUCAAGUACAAGAUGGAGCUCUACCCGGAGGAGUCGGAAAUUGUCGCCGAGGCUCACUACAAGCUCUCGCUCGCCCUCGAGUUCGCCUCCGUCACCGUCUCCGACGAGGAAGGCAAGAAUGCCAAGCGCGAGGCCGUCGACCAGCAACUCCGUGACGAGGCCGUCGAGGAGAUGGAGCUCGCCAUCAAGAGCUUCAAGCUCAAGAUGCAGGGCAAGGAGGUCGACCUCGCCACCAUGGCCUCGCCCGAGGACAACGACCUCGCCCGCCAGGCCAUCUCCGAGAUGAAGGAGGUCGUCGCCGACAUGGAGCAGCGCAACCAGCUUGUCGACCUGCGCAAGGACCACAUCGACGCCAGCAAGCUCCUCGGCGCCUCCGAAGCCAACGCCCUCGGUGGCAUCCUCGGCGCCGCCCUGGGCGAGUCUGCCGCAGAGACGCUCGCACGCGUCCAGGAGGCGACCAAGACGGCCACCGAUCUCACCGGUCUCAUUCGCAAGAAGAAUCCCGCCGACUCCGUUUCCACCUCGACCAACGGCAAGCGGAAAGCGGAAGACGACGUGAUGCCCGCCGGGGGCGAGUCGCCCAAGAAGGCUAGGGUUGACGACGAUGGCGCGCCGCAAGAGUGA